GAUACAUCAUUCUCGCCUCUGCACCACUCCCUUUCUCUGUCCGUUGGGAGGCAGAAGACAGGAAAUGACUGCCCUAGAUGUGGUAUGAUUCUUACUGAACACUUCGUAUCUCAGACCCCCUGCUAUCCACAGCUGUUUUCCUCUCUAAUACCAGCCAGGUGGCCAUCUCCUCUCCCAUGUUCCCUUCCCCUUCACAUGACUUCAGCCUUUGGAUUCUCAGCGCCUGGCUGCCUUCCACAUUCCACUCCCCUUCCAGAACCCAGGCAUCCUGGCCUCCAGCUGCAACCGCUGCAUGUAUCUUUCCCCAUCCCUGGCCUCGUGACUCAGGCCCUCUGAAGAAACCAGCCUUCUUGGCAUGUACUGAGGAGGGGGAGAGGAGGGAGGCUAGGCGGUGACAUCACAGUUGAGGGGUAUAAAAGCUUCUGGGCAAAACAAGAUUGAAAUUGAAGAUCCAACCUUACCGCACAGUCUGCGAUCCUGGGGACCCCUCAGCCUGACAGAUUUCUGCUGCACUAAGGCCUGCUUACUGACUCCAUGCUGGGCUCUCCCUGUCUUCUGGGGCUCCUGGCCUUGACCUUCUCCUUGGUUCUCAAAGCUCAGCCCUUGGCACCUCAAGGCUUUGAGGAAGAAGAGGAGACUGUGUGGCCACCUUUGCCUGCUGUCCCCUGUGACUACGACCGCUGCCGCCACCUGCAGGUGCCCUGCCGGGAGCUGCAGAAGGCAGGGCCGGCGUCCUGCCUGUGCCCUGGGCUCUCUAGCCCUGCCCAGCCGCCUGACCCGCCGCGCCUGGGAGAAGUUCGCAUUGUGGCAGAGGAGGGCCGGGCUGUGGUCCACUGGUGUGCCCCCUCCUCCCCUGUCCACGACUAUUGGCUGUUACUUUGGGAAGGCAAGGAGCCUCCGCAGAAGGGGCCUCCCCUCAACGCCACAGUCCGCAGAGCAGAACUUACAGGACUGAAGCCUGGGGGUGCCUAUGUCGUUUGCGUGGUGGCGGCUAACGAGGCCGGGGAAAGCCUUGUACCGGAGGAGGGUGGGGAAGACCCCGAAGGGGCAGGUCUCUCUGCUUUUGGGCCUUGUGGCCGACUGACUGUGCCACCCAGACCCCUCACUUUGGUCUACGCAGCCGUGGGAGUGGGUACAGCCCUGGCUGUGCUGAGCUGUUCUGCCCUGGUCUGGCACUUCUGUCUGCGCGAUCGCUGGGGCUGCCCACGCCGACACCGGGCCGCGGGGGUGCUAUGAAGGGGUCUGGAGCAUCUCGGGCACAACCAAGCCCCACCUGGAGCAUCCGGCCUGACUCCUGGGGAGAAGUGGGUGGCCCUCCACCUGCAGCCAGCCCCAGGCGCUUGGAACACAGCUUGGUUUUCUGGACUGAGCUUAUCUGAGUCCCAGACUUACUGCUUUGUGCCUGUGCUGCUGUCCAGGAAAGAGUAGAGAGGUUAUGCAAUUUUUUUCCCUAAUAACUAAUUUAGGCUUUGCGGAUUCAGGAGGAUAAAAUUGAGGAUAUUUUGGGGCCGGCAAGUGGCGUGGUGGUUAGGGACGCGGGACUCCUCAUGGCCGAUAGCCGUUGAGUCCCAGACCUAGUGGCUUGCUCUUUCACACUCUCUCUCUCUCUCUCUCUCUCUCGUUCUUCCCUUCUCUGGUCAAAUGAAAGGAAAUGAAUAAAGUUAAAUAAAAUAAUUCUUAAAAAAGAGGAUAUCUUGUAGGUCCUUAUAUAACUAUUUAAAAUGUAACCUUGGGGCAUGGUGGCGCCCACCCUAUGGGGGGGAAAAAAAAAUCUA